UUUUUUAUCAGCUCCUCCUCCAAUGGCGCCCGAUCCUAAUCGCACCGCCGCAGGAGGUGGCAGUGGCAGCGGCACCAGCACCGCCAACGACGAGGUCGUGAACAAGAAGAAAGUCGAGAACGAAGAUCUGUCCGAUGAGGAUUUGGCGUUGAAGCAGCAGCUAGAGUUGUACGUGGAGAGGGUUCAGGAUUCCGACCCAGCUUUGCAAAAGGUUGCUCUUGAGAGCAUGAGACAAGAAAUUCGUACUUCAACAAGCUCCAUGACUUCGGUUCCCAAGCCGUUGAAGUUUCUUCGUCCACAUUAUGGAACCUUGAAGGCCUAUUAUGAGACAAUGGCAGAGUCUGAUUUGAAGAAGUACUUAGCUGACAUAUUAUCAGUUCUGGCCCUUACUAUGUCAGCUGAAGGGGAGAGAGAAAGCCUCAAGUACAGGUUACUGGGUUCAGAAGGUGAUAUUGGUUCUUGGGGCCACGAGUAUGUUAGGAAUCUGGCUGGAGAGAUCGCCCAAGAGUAUGCAAAACGACAGAGUGAAGAGGCUCCUAUAGAUGAUCUCAUGGAACUCGUACAACAAAUAGUUGCUUUUCACAUGAAGCAUAAUGCAGAACCUGAGGCUGUUGAUCUUUUGAUGGAGGUGGAAGACCUGGAUAUGUUGGUUGAUCAUGUUGACAAGACGAGUUUUAAGAGGACCUGCUUAUAUCUCACCAGUUCAGCUAAAUACCUUCCCGGACCAGAUGACAUGCUAGUGUUGGACAUUGCAUAUAUGACCUAUCAAAAAUUUGAGGAAUAUCCAAAUGCACUCCAAAUUGCAUUGUUCUUGGAUAACCUGCAGUAUGUGAGACAGGUGUUUACCUCUUGCAAGGAUCCGCAGCGAAGGAAGCAAUUCUGUUACAUACUUGCACGUCAUGGAAUUACUUUUGAGCUUGAUGAUGAGUUAGUUCCGGAGGAGGAUGAGAAAGAAAUAUUGCAGGAGAUAAUAAACAAUACUAAGUUAAGUGAGGGAUAUCUGACUCUUGCUCGUGAUAUUGAAGUCAUGGAGCCGAAGUCCCCUGAGGAUAUAUACAAGGCACACUUGCUUGAUGGCCGGGCUAGUGCUGGUGCAAGUGUCGAUUCAGCUAGACAGAACCUUGCAGCUACUUUUGUAAAUGCAUUUGUAAAUGCUGGUUUUGGUCAGGAUAAGCUAAUGACUGUCCCAUCUGACUCUUCAAGUAGUGGUUCUUCUGGAAAUUGGCUUUUUAAAAAUAAGGAACAUGGGAAGACUAGUGCCGCAGCUAGUUUGGGUAUGAUUUUACUCUGGGAUGUUGACUCUGGACUUGCACAAAUUGACAAGUACUUCCAUAGCAAUGAUAACCACGUCAUUGCUGGUGCAUUAUUGGGAGUUGGAAUUGUCAAUUGCGGUAUCAAGAAUGACUGUGAUCCUGCUAUGGCACUUCUAGGUGACUACACAGAUAAAGAAGACUCAUCAAUUAGAAUUGGUGCAAUUAUGGGAUUAGGAAUUGCUUAUGCAGGCUCCCAGAAUGAGCAGUUACGUUGCAAAUUGGCACCUAUAUUGAAUGAUGCUAAAGCUUCACUUGAUGUGAUUGCUUUCACUGCUAUUUCAUUGGGCUUGAUCUAUGUGGGUUCUUGCAAUGAGGAAGUCGCUCAAGCAAUUAUAUUUGCACUGAUGGAUAGGAGCGAGUCUGAGUUAGGAGAGCCUCUUACAAGACUUUUACCUCUUGGCCUUGGUCUUCUAUAUCUUGGAAAGCAGGAAAGUGUGGAGGCGACUGCUGAAGUGUCGAAGACUUUUAAUGAAAAAAUUAGAAAGUAUUGUGACAUGACACUCCUAUCAUGUGCCUACGCUGGAACUGGGAAUGUUCUCAAGGUUCAAAAUCUCUUGGGUCAUUGUUCACAACAUCUUGAUAAAGGUGAAACGCAUCAAGGUCCUGCGGUGCUUGGAAUAGCUAUGGUAGCAAUGGCUGAAGAAUUAGGACUAGAGAUGGCUAUUCGAUCAUUAGAGCAUCUUCUACAGUAUGGGGAGCAAAAUAUCCGCCGAGCCGUUCCUCUGGCACUUGGUCUACUGUGUAUAUCGAAUCCAAAGGUCAAUGUUAUGGAUACCUUAAGCAGACUUAGCCAUGAUACUGAUUUAGAAGUGGCAAUGGCGGCAGUUAUAUCCUUGGGUCUGAUUGGUGCUGGAACAAACAAUGCCCGAAUUGCUGGCAUGCUUCGCAAUCUUUCAAGCUAUUACUACAAGGAUACCAGCCUUCUAUUUUGUGUGCGGAUUGCACAAGGUCUUGUGCAUCUGGGAAAGGGCUUAUUGACACUUAAUCCAUAUCAUUCUGACCGUUUCUUAUUAUCACCGACAGCACUUGCUGGACUAAUUACCAUGUUGCAUGCAUGCCUUGAUAUGAAAGCUAUUGUGCUUGGAAAAUAUCACUAUGUUCUCUACUUCCUUGUUUUGGCAAUGCAGCCGAGGAUGUUGUUGACAGUGGACGAGGACUUGAGGCCUCUGUCAGUCCCUGUUAGGGUCGGUCAAGCAGUAGAUGUGGUCGGACAAGCAGGUCGCCCAAAAACGAUCACCGGUUUCCAGACUCACUCCACGCCUGUUCUUCUGGCUGCUGGGGAUAGGGCAGAAUUAGCAACAGAAAAAUAUCUUCCCUUGUCGCCUAUUCUCGAAGGUUUUGUUAUAUUGAAGGAGAAUCCAGAUUAUAGGGAAGAAUGAGGGUCACACUGAUACCUUUUUGUUUGCUUUAUUUAUCUAGUCUCUGAACAGUAUUUAUAGUUGACGUACGGAUUUAACAUUUUCUCAAAAUGUAGAAGAAAUUAUUUGGUCAUAUUCCUUUGUUUGGAUGAAAGGAUGGAAACUACUGUUCAGGUGAUCUCAGUUUGUAUUGUUAGCUUUGUCAGUUCAUUUGUCAAUUUAUAAUUAUAUUCUUACACGAUUACUUGAUCAAGAAUAA